GUCUUGGCCCUCUCGUGGUUGUGGCAUACUUCUGCCCUUGCAGCACCAUCUGGUGCCAGUCUUUCAAUAUGCUUUGGUGGGUUGGUGUAUUCUCACCGUCAAGACCUCCCCGCGCAUAGAUCUUCCCGGACUAGUGCAAGCGCCAACUCUGGCCAGAACCCUGCAGGAUGCCUCUCGGCGGCAUGCAAUUCAUGACCCAGUCCAGCGGCAGGCAGUCGCCAACUUCGAAAAUAGCCCUCGAAAAUAGCCCGUGGAAGCGGCCGCCUAAGCGCUGGCCCCGGACCUGGUUAGAGAUUGCGGUGCUGGAACUUUGGACGUCGCGCGUAUCUCUGACUUGCUCAAACACCCCCAGCCUAGCCGCAUUUCGCAAUUUCGGCUGUUACACGUUGGAGGGAUCCAGCCUUCUGGAACUCCUUGGCCUGUUCGAGUUUGCCAACGAACGGGAAGGACGAGACUGGCUGGCGCAGCUUCGUCGUCAAUGGGCACACCCCUGUCGCUCUGGGCCCGGUGCGCGCUUAAGUCUUCCACAUAGGCGGUUAGGGUUUACCCCUCAGGCGAUAAACGCUGUUUCAGUCCUUGCCGCCGCAAUCUUGCAAGCGCCUCCUUCCAAACUCACGGCUUACGCCUAGACCGCGGGAUCGACGCGCCGAGGCCUAUCCAGCCGCCGGUUCUGUCCUAGCACGGACCUUCUUCCUGCUUGAGUCGUCAAACUCCCGCGCUACCGUCUUCCAGAAGCGCGCUUGUCACCGCCUCGGCUGGCGCCAGGUCCCGAGUCGCCGGUUUGGAGGGGUUCUGGCCGCGACGCGCGGUUAUAAUGUCUCAAACUUUGGUGUCUGUCUGGCUCCUCUCCAUGACAAUAGGACCAGUAGAGAUAUUUUCCGAGGGAGAGGAAGCAGAAUAAGC